UGUGACGGAGACAGGGGUAGUGUUACUGCUUUUCCACUCUUGUUCACCAAAUAUAGAACAUUAGAAAAGAGUUCAAUGGGAAAUUAUAAAUCACGGCCGACUCAGACGUGUACAGAUGAGUGGAAGAAGAAGGUGAGUGAGUCCUACUCUGUGAUCAUUGAGAGGCUGGAGGAUGACCUACAUAUCAAAGAAACGGAACUCUCAGAGCUCAAACACGUGUUCAACUCUGAUGAGGCUUUCCAGAAGGUGAAUUUGAAUUACCGUACAGAGACUGGGCUGUCCCUUCUACAUCUCUGCUGUGUAUGUGGUGGAAACAAAGCUCAUAUCAGGACCCUCAUGCUGAAGGGCCUACGUCCAUCUAGACUCUCGAGGAAUGGAUUCACUGCCCUACACUUUGCUUCCUAUAAGGACAAUGCAGACGUAGUUACUGCCUUACUCCAUGGAGGGGCAGACAUCCAGCAGGUCGGCUAUGGAGCCCUCACUGCCCUGCACAUAGCUACUGUAGCUGGGCACCAUGAGGCUGUGGAUAUUCUUCUCCAGCAUGGAGCCUAUGUCAAUGUUCAGGAUGCAGUGUUUUUUACACCCCUGCACAUAGCAGCUUACUAUGGCCAUGAGCAGGUGGCAAAAUUGUUGCUGAAGUUUGGAGCAGAUGUGAACGUGAGUGGGGAAGUUGGAGACAGGCCGCUUCACCUGGCCGCAGCCAAGGGCUUCCUUGGCAUCAUCAAACUGCUCUUGGGGGAGGGAAGUAAGACUGAUGUGAAUGCCCAGGAUAAUGAGGACCAUGUCCCUCUGCACUUCUGUGCACGUUUUGGCCACCAGGAGGUGGUGCACUUCCUUCUGCAGAGCAACCUAGAGCUGCAGCCACACUCAGUCAACAUCUAUGGAGACACACCGCUCCAUCUAGCCUGCUACAAUGGCAAGUCUGAGGUGGUGAAGGAGAUUGUUCAGCUGUCCGGUAUGGAGAGUCUGUCCAAAGAGAACAUCUUCAGUGAGACUGCCUUUCACAGCGCCUGCACCUAUGGUAAAAGCCUGGAGAUGGUCAAGUUCCUGCUCAGCCAGAAUGCCUUGAGUAUUAACCACCAAGGCAGAGACGGACACACAGGCCUGCACAGCGCUUGUUUCCAUGGCCACAUUCGCCUAGUGCAAUUCCUGUUGGACAGCGGGGCAGACAUGAACCUGGUGGCCUGCGACCCCAGCAGGUCCAGCGGGGAGAAGGACGAACAGACCUGCCUCAUGUGGGCCUACGAGAAAGGUCAUGAUGCCAUAGUGACUCUGCUCAAACAUUACACACGCCCCCAAGAUGACUCUCCCUGCAAUGAGUAUUCUCAGCCAGGAGGGGAUGGCUCCUACGUGUCAGUCCCAUCUCCCCUGGGCAAGAUCAAGAGCAUGACCAAAGAGAAGGCAGAUGUUCUUCUCCUCAGGGCCAGCCUCCCAUCCAACUUCCACCUGCAACUCUCAGAGCUGGAGUUCAAUGAGAUCAUUGGCUCAGGGUCAUUUGGAAAGGUCUACAGAGGCAAGUGCAAGAGUAAGGUAGUUGCCAUCAAAAGGUAUCGAGCCAAUACUUACUGCUCCAAGUCAGAUGUGGACAUGUUCUGUCGAGAGGUCUCAAUCCUCUGCCGACUCAACCACCCCUGUGUGAUUCAGUUUAUGGGGGCGUGUCUUGAUGACCCCAGCAAAUUUGCCAUUGUCACCCAAUAUGUGUCGGGGGGUUCCCUUUUCUCCCUGCUACAUGAGCAGAAGAGGAUCAUCGAUCUGCAGUCUAAGCUCAUCAUUGCCAUUGACGUGGCCAAGGGCAUGGAGUACCUGCACAACCUUGUCCAGCCUAUCAUACACAGGGACCUCAACAGCCACAACAUUUUGCUUUAUGAGGAUGGACAUGCUGUGGUGGCUGAUUUUGGAGAAUCCCGAUUCUUGCUGUCUGUAGAUGAAGACAACAUGACCAAGCAGCCGGGGAACCUUCGUUGGAUGGCUCCAGAGGUGUUCACCCAGUGCACCCGCUAUACCGUCAAGGCCGACAUGUUCAGCUACGCAUUGUGUCUGUGGGAGCUUCUCACAGGAGAGAUCCCCUUUGCUCAUCUCAAACCUGCUGCCGCAGCAGCAGACAUGGCCUACCAUCACAUCAGGCCUCCUAUUGGCUACUCCAUCCCCAAACCCAUCUCCGGUCUACUGAUGAGAGGCUGGAAUGUAUGCCCAGAGGAUAGGCCUGAAUUCUCUGAAGUGGUCACCAACCUAGAAGAAUGCCUGUGUAAUGUUGAGCUCAUGUCCCCAGCCUCCAGCAACAGCAGUGGCUCCCUGUCUCCCUCCUCCUCCACGGACUGCCUGGCAAGGGGUGGGCCAGGCCGAAGUCAAGUGGCGGCGCUGCGCUCACGUUUUGAGCUAGAGUAUGCUCUCAAUGCCCGUGCCUAUGCUGUCUGGACACAGAGUGAGGAACGACAUUCUUCACAAGGAUCAUCAUUGGAGGAACUACGGAAGAAUAUGCAGUUUCCCCCGAUUGACCGAAAUGGAUAUGUGUCUGAUCCCAUGAGCACUAUGCGCUUCCACUCAUGCAGCAGCAAUGGCAGCUUUGAAGAUAACAACUAAUAGUGAUAGGAGUUCCACUAGAGCAACAACUUGUACUUAGUAAUACCUAUAUAUACUACACAAUAUAUAUAUAUAGCCACACUGAUUUUAGUGUUUAUUCCUUCACCAGACAGCUCUCUACAAAUGAACUGUUUCAAUGUAUGUUCCUUCUGUCUUUUUCUUUUGUAAAUAAUGUUUUAAAUAGUGCUG